CAGAGGAGUAAAAGGCCCAGAAGGAGAAAGGGGUCCACCAGGCAAAGAUGGUAAAGAUGGUCCACCAGGCCCCCCAGGGCCCCCUGGUCUUCCCGGACUUGGCAUAUCCUUUGCUGCUCAGUACGACGGGUCUAAAUCAGCUGAUCUUGGGCCCGGACCUAUGGGUAUAAUGGGACCCAGAGGCCCACCUGGAUCAACUGGACCCCCUGGCUCUCCUGGCUACCAUGGACCUGCUGGUGAACCUGGUGAACCUGGUCAAACUGGUCCUCAUGGUGCUCGUGGUCCACCUGGUCCUCCAGGAAAGGCUGGUGAAGAUGGUCAUCCCGGGAAACCUGGAAGGAAUGGUGAAAGGGGUGUUUCUGGACUUCAGGGUGCUCGUGGCUUUCCUGGAACUCCCGGCCUGCCUGGCUUCAAAGGAAUUAGGGGACACAACGGUUUGGACGGUCGGAAAGGAGAACCCGGUGCUCAAGGUACCAAGGGUGAACCUGGUGCUGCAGGUGAAAAUGGUUCUCCAGGACAAUCUGGUGCUCGCGGUCUCCCUGGUGAAAGGGGAAGAGUUGGUGGUCCUGGCCCAGUUGGUGCUCGUGGCAGCGAUGGAAGCAAUGGUCCCACUGGUCCUGCUGGUCCCAUUGGUUCUGCUGGAGCCUCAGGAUUCCCUGGUGCGCCUGGAGCCAAGGGUGAAGUAGGAUCUGCUGGUAACACUGGUCCAAGCGGACCUGCUGGUCCUCGUGGUGAGGCUGGUCUCCCUGGUGCUGCUGGUCCUGUUGGCCCUCCAGGUAACCCCGGUGCCAAUGGUAUUCAUGGUGCUAAAGGUGCAGCUGGUCUUCCUGGUGUAGCUGGUGCUCCUGGCCUCCCAGGACCUCGUGGUAUCCCCGGCCCAUCUGGUCCAUCUGGCGCUUCUGGUGCUAGAGGUCUUUCUGGUGAGCCUGGCCCUGCUGGAUCCAAGGGAGAAACUGGUAACAAGGGUGAGCCUGGUUCUGCUGGCCCAUCUGGUCCUGCUGGUUCAAGUGGUGAGGAAGGCAAGAGGGGUAGCAAUGGUGAGGCCGGCUCUACUGGUGCACCUGGACCUGCAGGUUUAAGAGGUGUUCCUGGAUCUCGUGGUCUCCCUGGAUCUGAUGGCAGAGCUGGUGUUAUGGGUGCUGCUGGCAACCGUGGUGCUACUGGCUCUGCUGGUGCUAAAGGUCCCAAUGGAGAUGGAGGUCGCCCUGGUGAACCCGGUGUCAUGGGUGCAAGAGGUCUCCCCGGUCAAUCUGGAAGCCCAGGCCCUGCUGGCAAAGAAGGCCCCAUGGGUCUUACUGGUUCUGAGGGACGUUCUGGCCCAGCUGGCCCAGCUGGCGCAAGAGGUGAACCUGGCAUCAUCGGAUUCCCAGGACCAAAAGGUCUCAAUGGCGAACCUGGCAAACCUGGUGACAGAGGCAAUGUUGGCGUUGCUGGCCCACGGGGUGCUCCUGGUGCUGAUGGAAACAAUGGAGCUCAAGGACCAGCUGGUGUUGCUGGUAGUCCUGGUUCCAAGGGUGAAACUGGUCCAGCUGGUCCUCCUGGCUUCCAAGGCCUUCCAGGUCCCUCUGGUUCAGUUGGUGAAGCUGGCAAACCAGGUGAUAGAGGUCUUCAUGGUGAAUUCGGUCUCCCUGGUCCUGCUGGCGUAAGAGGUGAGCGUGGCCCUCCAGGCGAAAGCGGUGCUGCCGGCCCUACAGGUUCUGUUGGGAACCGUGGUCCAGCUGGUCCACCAGGAACUGAUGGUAACAAGGGUGAACCUGGCAAUGUCGGCGCAGCUGGUAGUGCAGGCGCAUCUGGCCCCAGCGGAAUCCCCGGAGAGAGAGGUGUGGCUGGAGGUCCAGGAGGCAAAGGUGAAAAGGGUCCAUCAGGCUUCAGAGGAGAUGCUGGAACAACAGGAAGAGAUGGUUCACGAGGCAUCCCUGGUGCUGUUGGUGCUCCCGGACCUGCUGGAAGCAGUGGUGAAAGGGGUGAAGCUGGCCCCUCUGGCUCAAGUGGUCCUGCUGGGCCUCGUGGAAUCUCUGGUGAACGUGGUGAGGCUGGCCCUGCUGGUCCUCCCGGAUUCGCUGGCCCUCCUGGUGCAGCUGGUCAGACCGGUGUUAAAGGUGAAAGAGGUCCAAGAGGACCUAAAGGUGACAGCGGCCCACAUGGUGCCAUUGGUGCCGUCGGUAACUCUGGCCCCGCUGGUCCCGUUGGCGCUGUGGGUCCUGCUGGAGGCCGUGGUGAUAGCGGUCCACCUGGUGCCACCGGUUUCCCUGGUAAUGCUGGAAGACCUGGACCUCCUGGACCUUCUGGUAUCUCUGGUCCCCCUGGCCCCCCUGGCCCAGCUGGCAAAGAAGGUAUUAGAGGACCACGUGGUGACACUGGACCAGUUGGCCGUGCUGGUGAAACUGGUAUUGUUGGACCACCUGGUUUCAGCGGAGAGAAAGGACCAACUGGAGAAAGUGGUGCUGCCGGUGCUCCUGGUUCCCCAGGUCCUCAAGGUCUCCUUGGAGCUCCUGGUAUCCUUGGUCUUCCUGGCUCUAGGGGAGAGCGUGGUCUCCCAGGCAUUGCUGGAUCCCUUGGAGAGCCUGGUCCCGCUGGUAUUCUUGGUCCCACAGGUGCUCGUGGCCCAUCCGGUGGCGUUGGCUCCCCUGGUGUGAAUGGUGCCCCUGGUGAAGCUGGACGUGAUGGAAAUCCAGGUAAUGAUGGUCCUCCAGGCCGUGAUGGUGUUCCUGGUUACAAGGGUGAACGUGGUACUCCUGGCAGCCCUGGCCCACACGGCUCUCUCGGUGCUCCCGGCCCUCAUGGGUCUGUUGGUCCUUCUGGCAAACCUGGAAAUCGUGGUGAACCUGGUCCUGUUGGUAUUUCUGGUCCUUCCGGCCCUGCUGGUGCAAGAGGUCUUGCUGGCCCACAAGGACCACGUGGCGAGAAAGGUGUUGCUGGAGAUAAGGGCCCCAGAGGCAUGCCUGGCUUCAAAGGACACAAUGGACUUCAGGGAUUGCCUGGCAUUGCUGGUCAUCAUGGAGAACAGGGUUCAUCUGGUUCUACUGGUCCUGCUGGCCCAAGGGGACCUGCUGGUCCUUCUGGUCCUUCUGGAAAAGAUGGUCGCAAUGGUAUGCCAGGACCUGUUGGCCCUGCUGGUGUGCGUGGAUCUCAGGGUAGCCAAGGACCUUCUGGUCCCCAAGGCCCACCUGGUCUUCCUGGCCCACCUGGUGCCAAUGGUGGUGGUUAUGAAAUUGGCUACGAUGCAGAAUACUACCGGGCAGAUCAGCCUUCUCUUAGACCCAAGGACUAUGAAGUUGAUGCCACCCUGAAAACAUUGAACAACCAAAUUGAGACCCUCCUGACCCCAGAAGGCUCUAGAAAGAACCCAGCUCGCACCUGCCGUGACUUGAGACUCAGCCACCCCGAAUGGACCAGUGGUUUCUACUGGAUCGAUCCUAACCAAGGCUGCAUCAUGGAUGCCAUUAGAGUGUAUUGUGACUUCUCCUCUGGUGAGACUUGCAUCCAUGCCAAUCCAGAAAACAUUCCAACUAAGAACUGGUACACUAACAAGAACCCUGCUGAAAAGAAACAUAUCUGGUUUGGAGAAACUAUCAAUGGUGGCACUCAGUUUGAGUACAAUGAGGAAGGUGUGACUACCAAGGACAUGGCCACCCAACUUGCUUUCAUGCGGCUACUGGCCAACCAUGCUUCCCAGAACAUCACUUACCAUUGCAAGAACAGCAUUGCUUACAUGGAUGAGGAAACAGGAAACCUUAAGAAGGCACUGCUCAUGCAGGGAUCCAAUGAUGUUGAACUACGAGCUGAAGGCAACAGCAGGUUCACUUUCAGUGUUCUUGAAGAUGGCUGCUCUAAAAAGACCAACAAAUGGGGCAAAACAAUUAUUGAAUACAGAACAAAUAAGCCAUCUCGCUUGCCCAUCCUUGACAUUGCACCUUUGGACAUUGGUGGCGCUGACCAAGAAUUCGGUUUGGACAUUGGCCCAGUCUGUUUCAAAUAAAUGAACUAAAACUAACUUAAAACCAAAAAAAAAAAAGUAUUCUCUCUUUGCCAUUUCUUUUUUAUACUGAAAGCUGACUCCUUCCAUUUCUUCUGUUCAUCUACUUGCUUAAACUCUGGGCGAAAGAGAAGGAGAAGGAUUUAUUGGAACGAUGUGCAAUGCAAUUUAAUACAGCCCCAAAAGGAAUCGGAAGUUUUGCAAGAUUUUAUCACCUUUUUGUGGAAAAUGUCAGCCUUUGUGUAAAAAACAAAACAAAAAACAAAA